GUCUCUCAGCCUCGGCCUCUCUGGUCUCUCUAGCCUGGAUGAUCGCCUCCUACCAGAAGGUUCUGCGGGACUCACGUGAUGACAAGCUGCCGAUGUCCUACAAGGCCAUGAUCGCCCAGAUGCUGUGGCACUUCUUCACCAUCGGGGCGAGGACCGUGGCCUUCGCCCUCUUCGCCUCCGUCUUCCAGCUCUACUUUGGCAUAUUCAUCGUCAGCCACUGGUGUAUCAUGACUUUCUGGAUCAUCCAAGGUGAGACUGACUUCUGCAUGUCCAAGUGGGAGGAGAUUAUCUACAACAUGGUGGUGGGCAUCAUCUACAUCUUCUGCUGGUUCAACGUGAAGGAGGGCCCCAGCCGCUUCCGCAUGACCGUCUACUACUCCGUGACGCUGGCUGAGAACGUGGCACUGACGGCCGCCUGGUACACCUACCGCGGCCAGCUCACCUCCGACUCCUACGCCUUGGUGGUGGUGUGCCUGGUGGCCUGCAGCUUCGCCCUGGGAACCUUCUUCAUGUUGGUGUACUACUGCUGGCUGCACCCGGACGGGCCCGUUCUGGGCUCACAGUGGGGUGGAUGUGUGGAUGAGGGUGCGGUGGGUUCAGGAGGCGUGGUGGGAGUGAUUGAUGCUUGUCUCACCCCAUCCCAAGGGUCCCAAACGGACAUGGUCAUUACCAGCCCUCCUAGGACUCUCCCCAGGACUAAAGACACAGGGGAGCCCAUUCCCGGGGAGCGAGACAGGGACAGGGACAGCUGCCUGCCUGUCUUCCAGGUGCGUCCCUCCCCUUCCUCCUCUCCAGCCCUCCUUCACAGGACCUCCUCCUCCUCCCGUGCGCAUGAGGGCCCUGUGAUCCGGAUCGACCUCCCCAGAAAGCGAUAUCCGGCUUGGGAUGCCCACUUUAUCGAUCGGCGCCUGCGCAAGACCAUCCUUCUUCUGGAGACCUCUUCAGCCAUCAGCCCCAGGAUACAGUACAGGAGUAGCAUGAUGGGCAGCAAAGAGGUAUUAGAAUAUGAAACAACUGUCUAA